AUGGAUUCACAGAACAAAACCCAAGGGACAGAAUUCAUCCUCCUUGGUUUCUCCAGCCUUCUGAGCCACCAGAUUCAUCUUUUCUUGGUGUUCCUGGCUGCCUAUUUGGCCACGCUGAUGGGCAACCUCAUGAUCGUAACCCUGAUUCUCCUGGAUUCCUGUCUUCACACCCCCAUGUACUUCUUCCUCAGCCAGCUCUCCUGCUUGGAUGUUUGCCUUUCUUCUGUGGUGGUACCAAAGAUCUUGGUGAACUUCCUACGCCAAGAACAGACCAUCUCCUACAACCAAUGCCUGGCCCAAGCCUUCUUCCUGAUUGGCUUUGCGGGAUGUGAGCCGGCCCUGCUGUCCGUCAUGGCCUAUGACCGCUAUGCUGCCAUCUGCCAACCUUUGCACUAUGCCCACCUAAUGAGGGGCAAGUUGUGCGUCCAGCUGUCUGUGGCCAUUUGGCUCUGGGGCUUCCUGGACUCAACUAUCUACACUGCCCUGGCUUCCAGGUUAGAGUUUUGUGGAAACCACCUGAUUCCUCACAUCUUCUGUGAUGUUCCUCCAUUACUGAAAAUUGCCUGCAGUGACACCUCAGUCAAUGAGUUGUCCACUCACAUCACGGGCACCUUGGUGGGUCUCGUCCCUCUUCUGCUCAUCGUCCUGUCCUAUUUCUACAUUUUGUCCUCCAUUCUGCAGAUCCGCUCCAAGAUUGGCAGGCGCAAAGCCUUCUCCACCUGCGCUUCACACCUUGCUGUAGUAACACUCUUUGUUGGAAAUGCCUUUGUGAACUACAACCAGCCCAGUGCUGGCUACUCUCUAGAGGUGGACACCUUGAUCUCCACCAUGUUUUGCAUCGUCACCCCCAUGUUGAACCCCUUGAUCUACAGCCUCCGCAACAGGGAGGUGAAGGAGGCCCUGAGGAAGAUUCUCAAAUGCUGGAGAAAAGCAUAG